UUAGAAGUCCAUCGAAGUGCUCUUGAAGCCGGACUUGACCUCAGUUGGCUUUCUUCGAAUUGCAUCCGUCCUCGCCAUUGUCCUAGCAGCCCGAUACCGGGCUCCGGCUAGCCAAAAGGCGUACUUCUCUCCUUCACGGCCAUCGUGCUUCUCAUUCAAGGUGUUCAUUUCUCUAUCCUUUGCAUUUCUACGGGCAUGCAUAGCAAGCCUCUUGCAAUUUCUGUAG